UAUUACACUCAUAAUAUUGGAAGCAACCAGAAUAUUUUCUAUUCAUUUACUCAAUAGGGCAAUCACAAAAGUUAUUGGAAGUAAUACCAAAUAAAUCAUUUCUUCUUGGGGAAUUAGAAAAGUAAACGCUUCGAGUUAAAUUUUCUUUGGAUUGAUACUAUGCCCUAUAUUAAAUUUUAGUUCUGUUGCCCUUGUAGCAGUCUCUGUGUCGAGUUUAUAAUGUAAUGGUUAUGCUAUAAAGACGAGUUUGAGUAAAGUCGGCUAUAAUAUAUAAGGCAAUUUUAAAGAACAGCCUUGAUCGUACAGAAAAUAUCAAUAAUAUCAUAUUAUGUAAGAUUGAUAAUGAUUAUAACAAUAAUUGGUUGAGAAUAGAAGCAGACAAAUUCAAUAAUAUUGACUUUUCUGUUUAUCGAAUGUGUCAUAAUUUCUAUUACAAGUGAAUAACACAUUUCGAUAAGUAUUUCCUACACUGUACAAUAUUGAUGAACUGGUAGGCCUACAGAAAUUGGUAGUUAUAACCAAUUUCCCUAAGAGCUUUGAAUCUGAUUUGAAACUUUUUUGAGAACUAUUUUUAGGAAUUGCAUAUCAAUUACUAUUACAUAGCAGAGGCUUCAUGCUUCAUUCGUGUAAUCUGGAAACCACCUAAACGGCCAUCAUCUUAAUUCCUAACAUUACUCACGCACAAGCCAAGGGCUCAUGUCAGCUUUAUCCUCAGCUGAGAUUUAAACGUUUUUGUCAUGUGAUUCAUUUUUUGUUUGUUAUCCAACUGAAAUUAUACUCGUACAACAAGAAUUUUUUCCUCUAAAAAUUCAAUCAACUUGAUGUCCUUGUAUAAAUUUUCUACUGAGAACUUGAUGACACGCAAACCGAAGCCAUGUAGAAUGUUGUACAAUGAAGCUCAGAAUAGCAAAAUGAAUAACUUUAACUUGAAACAAACAACAUUUAACCUUGGAAUAACAAAAUAAAAAUAAACUAAUGUUAAAGAUCAACUACCGAAUGUUGGACCUCAAAAAUAAAUAAAUAGACAGGUUUUCUGCAAUGUGAAAAAACUGUCACUGCAUCUUCUUAUCAAUAUGAUGUGAACUUUGCAACUUUUGAUUAUUCUACAAAGAUCAAUACCAUUCACCCUUGCCAUUACUUAUAAUAAUAAUUCAAUGAUAGCUAUAAUAGUAUACUUGAACAGAAUAAAUAAAACAUCAGUCAUAGUUUGUGUGUUCGAUUGUGAUGGUUGCUGUAGUUUAAUCAUGAUUUCUUUCCAUCCAUGCCAUUACGGAUUCAAUUCAUUAAAUCGAAAUAAUUGGAUUUGAAGUUGGAACACAAUCUUCUUCUACAGGUUUCAGUGUGUUGAGUAUUUGGAGUCUUGUAGUGUUGGUUGUAAUUAAAUUACAAUAAACGCGGCAUUAGCCUACUGUAAAUCUUUGUGAAUAAUCACAGUAUAGGCCCAGUUUCUUCCAAUAACUUUGAUAACUCGUUUACCGAGCCGCUGGCAGUAGUAUCCAAAAAACGGGAUUCCUCUCACGUGUUGCGUCAUUUCGUUCCAAGCUCUUCAGUUAAAAACCGAAUGCACCGAUCUCACUAGGCAUCAAAUCUCGCCGUAAAGUGAGAUUUACUCAUUGAACAGUCAGCAUCAAUGCUUUUCAUUAAGAGUGAAUCUUACUAAAGAAAGUAUUCAGUAUAGAAACAAGCGACUCUUCGGCUAAUGGUACGUGUUGUGAUUACUAACUCCCAGUGAUCCGAAAAAGACAAACGAUUCUGCGGUCAGUGUUGUGACUCCCGGUGACGAGGAUGACCCGCGACCCGCUGUCCCCCGUGCAGGAGGAGUUGGUCGACGAUGAGGAGAUCGACUCGGAGUGGGACGACUUCGACCGCCUCCUCACCGAGUACAAACUGCGGCGACGCCCGAUGGCGCCCCAGUCGCCGGUGAUGACGCGACGCUACCAGGACGCCUACUCGCCCUAUGUGUACGAGUCAGACGCCUUCCCGGGUGGCGGAUUCCUCACCGCCUACGAUGUCUUCGACGAGGACGCGUCUGGGAUGUAUGGCCGCUACACGAAAGAGCUAGGAGAGUACGCAAAGGAAGAAGCGGUCAGGUUACACAGAAAAAGAAAAAAAGAAGAAAGUCUACAGAACGAGGAGCUGGUGAAGUACAAGGGAAAAUGCGCCUCCAAAAUAUCGGAUGCGAUCGGCUUCAUUUGGAAGCACACGUUUGCCAAGCUGGGCGAGGAUUGGGUCUUCUUGGCCCUGCUUGGACUCAUCAUGGCUGUGCUCAGCUUCCUCAUGGACCAUGGCAUCAGUGUCUGCAACAAAGCACGAAUAUGGCUGUACAGAGAUCUGACGUCUCAUCCCUUCGCUCAGUACAUGGCUUGGGUCUCACUUCCGCUCUUCCUCAUCCUAUUCUCGGCAGGAUUCGUUCAUAUCGUUGCUCCACAGUCUAUAGGUUCCGGUAUUCCUGAGAUGAAGACCAUCCUGCGCGGAGUGACACUCAAGGAAUAUUUGACGUUCCGCACUCUGAUCGCCAAAAUAAUCGGUCUCACUGCUACCCUGGGCAGUGGAUUACCUUUGGGUAAAGAGGGUCCGUUCGUGCACAUAGCGAGCAUAGUGGCGACUCUGCUGUCGAAGCUGGUCACCUCGUUCCAGGGCAUCUACGAGAAUGAGUCGCGCAACACUGAGAUGCUGGCUGCCGCCUGCGCCGUGGGCGUGGCUAGCUGCUUCGGCGCACCUAUCGGAGGUGUAUUAUUUAGUAUCGAAGUAACAACGGUUUACUUUGCUGUGAGAAAUUAUUGGCGGGGCUUCUUCUCAGCCGUGUGUAGUGCCACCGUCUUCAGGUUGUUUGCUGUCUGGUUCCAAAAGGAAGAUACAGUCAAAUCCUUCUUCCAGACUAAUUUCUCAAUGGAUUUCCCAUUCGAUCCUCAAGAGCUAGUUGUCUAUGCAUUGAUGGGAAUAGUGUGCGGUCUUGGUGGAGCUGCAUAUGUGUGGUCGCACAGGCAAUACGUACUGUUCAUGCGCAGAAACAAGAAGAUGAAUGCCUUUUUGCAGAAGAAUCGCUUCCUCUACCCUGGAAUUGUCAUUCUGUUGUCUUCUUCUGUCUCAUUCCCGCUUGGACUUGGUCAAUACAUGGCUGGUGAUUUGAAUACACACGAUCAGGUUGCUGGUCUCUUCAGUAAUUUCACGUGGACCAAAGGCUACCUGACGGUGGAAGAGGCUGAAAUCUUGAGGCACUGGACAACCAACCACACCGAUGUUUUCGUCAGCUUGGCCGGCUUCAUUCUAUUCACGUAUGUUUUCUCGAUAAUAGCUUCUACAAUUCCCGUGCCGUCCGGUAGCUUCAUUCCUGUCUUCAAAAUAGGAGCCGCUUUCGGCCGAGUGGUGGGGGAACUCAUUCACUUGUCCUUUCCCAACGGCAUCCGACGUGGCAAACUCAACACACCUAUAAUAGUAGGUGGGUAUGCUGCAGUGGGAGCAGCAUCGUUUUCGGGAGCAGUCACUCACACCAUUUCAGUUUCUGUCAUUCUGUUUGAAAUGACCGGACAAAUUACUCAUAUCAUACCUGUCAUGAUGGCAGUUCUGAUAUCCAAUGCUAUUGCUGCUCUCCUUCAGCCAUCUCUUUACGACAGUAUUAUCUUAAUUAAGAAACUACCUUAUCUACCAGAUCUUCUACCGUCCAGCUCUGGAAUGUAUAACUUCUAUGUUGAAGACUUCAUGGUGCGAGACGUCAAGUUUAUUUGGCAAAAUAUGAAUUAUCAUGAUCUCAAAAUGGUAUUGAGAGAGAAUAGAGGACUGAAAGUGUUUCCACUAGUCGAGAACCCCGACAAUAUGGUUCUGCUUGGAUCGAUCAGGCGUCUUGAGUUGAUUCGAGUGAUUGAGAAGCACGUGGGUAGAGAGAGAAGACUGCAAGUGGUAGCGAGGUGGCAGAAAGAAGCUCAAGAGAGGGCGAAAGAGGAGUUGGAAAGGCGGAGAAAGGAGUUUGAGCAGCGACAGCGGAGGCCGUCCAGAUUCGAAGUCACCCCCGCGCCCGACAUACUCAAAAUGAAACAAUUGUCUCACAAUGAGCUCGCCACUAACAACAACUCUGAUAUCGAGCCUCAUUACAACCCAGUUUUUGGAGGUCAGCCGAAAAAGUCGAUAUUGAAAAAGACCAACUCAUUCAGUCUUCGCAAUUUCAGUCCGGUUCUCACGCCGAAUGUCACUCCUUACACAACGGUCACUGGAGCUGAAAGCAGGAUCAGAAUGGCGUUCGAGGCGAUCUUCCACAAAUCGGCGACCCUGCAGGACGUGCACCCGGACUCGGAGAGUGCCGUGGACAUGUCGCCCAGGGAGAUGAGUCACACCAUCAUCCAGCAGCCCUCUCUGCUCAGGCCGCUCACGCCGGCCAGUCCGGGCCCCUACAAGAAAGUUCAACUUCCUCGAGAGCGAGUGAUCGACAUGUCGCCCGAGGACCAGAAGCAGUGGGAGGAGGAGGAGAUGACGCAGAAGGUGACAUUUGACCAGUGCCACAUUGACCCCGCCCCCUUCCAGCUGGUCGAGAGGACGUCGCUGCUCAAGGUGCACUCGAUAUUCUCGCUGGUCGGCGUCAACCUCGCCUAUGUCACCGCCAUUGGCAAACUGGUCGGCGUUGUCGGCCUCAAGGAGUUGAGGAAGGCGAUCGAAGACUCAAACUAUGGCAACCUUCCUCCUUCACAGCAGCAGCAGCAGCAGCAGCAGUCGUCACUCACUGAGCCCAUGCUAAGCGCAGAAAACAAAAACUCAAUAAAUACUGUUAUCUCUACAAACAGUAGCUAGUUAUUUGAGAAUUCCUAUCAUUCAAGUACGGAUACUUGGAACUGUUGAGAUUACUUGUAUUGUUAGUAUAGUAAUAACAAAUUGGCAGCAACCAAACAUUACUGACUAGAACAAAGUGUAAAGUCUGUACACAUUGUCUGUACCAUUGUUGUAUUCUUUGUUAUGUUAGUCAAAUAGUUUUAUACUGAAGUCGGUCUGUGAUCUUUAGAUACUAUUAUAAUUCUAGUUGUUAUCACGCUUUUAGAUGUAGAACAUAUAUAUUAUAUUUAGAAAUACAUUAAAAUGUUGUAAGCAUUUGUGAAAUAUUUGAAUAUUGAGAGAUAUUUCUUUCGUCAAGUGUUUUGUGAACUAUAUUCAAACAUUUGAGAAACUUCGAGCAAAUAAUAGUUUAAAAAUAAUAACAACAUUUAUAAUCUAGCUAGUUUUAUUCUCGGGAAAAUUCAGCAAUCAUUUUAGAACUUGACGAUUUAUAGAAAAGUAGAUUACUCAAUUUUAUUUCGAAAUCUCUUGAUACCGAAUGUAAAGUUUUCUUGAAAAUUUAAUCAAAAUCACUUGAAAGCAAAUUUUCUUGACCUGAAACCUGACCAAAUUGUAAUGUGUAGCCUUUUAUGUCGUGAUAAUCGAUAAUAUAUAUUUCUAAUAUGAUGUUGAAACAAUAUUAGAAAUUUAGAGAUUGUACGUUACAGUAUUUACGGUAUAGUAUAUCAUCCACCCUCCUCUAAGAUUUAGCACAAAUAAAGCAUUCAACAAAGAACAAAAAUUUUGAAAAUAUACAAUGUAUGUAAGUAAUUACGUACACAAAUAAGUUUUUCUAUAGAGGUAAUUAUUUGGGGUCAAAAAUUUUCAUGGCUUUAAUUUUACAAAAUUUGUUCAUUAUUGGCCCCAAAAUCAGCGUCGACAAAAUAUUUGGCUGAAUGAAAUUACCUGAGUGCGAUGUGCUCCAACAACAUAUUCUAAAAAUCUGAUGCAUAUUAAUAAAAAUUGAGCUAUUUUUAUAUUCUAAUCUGUAUUUCAUGCAUAAACGCCAAAAGCUAUGAUAAAAAUGCUCAUAGCUUUGUAUUAAGACCCGUUCCUCAACCUUUUCCUUACAAUAAUUUGUUAUGUAUGAACAUUUUAGUGUCAUUAAAAAUAAAUGCGAAUUGAUUAUGUCA